GGUGUAAUUAGGUGACCCAUAUAAAUGGCCCCCAAAAUAAACUUAAAAAAAUUGGCAGCAGUUUUAAAAAAAUAUAAAUGUGAUCCAUGUUUUUGGAAAAAUAUUAAAAUUGGUGAUGAAGUUAUCUAUGCUGCUGCCAAAGCAUGUUUGAAAAAUACGUCAUCAAUUUCACGUCAAAGAAUUGCUCUUAUUUUAGUGGAAGGAAGAUGUAAUAUUUUGAAUGUUUAUAAUGGAAUCCAGGAUCAAAAAACAAAUUUCAUAGAUCAAAUUUGUCUAAAAAGAAGUGAACGAACUUGGGUCAAACAAAAACAACAGAUGCUGGGAUGUAUGAGUCCAGAUAUAUCGUACUAUAUGAUCAAUUUGGGGAAAAAAAUUAAACCUCCAAAUGAAAAUGGUAAAAUUGAAGAUCAAUUGAUGACAAAUAAAAUAAUUAUGAACAAAUUCGAUCCAAAUGAUUACAGAAAGAAAUUACAAAAUUUGAUUUUGAGUAAAUCGGAGUGUAUGAAAAACAGUUGUCUAAUCUGUGGUGUUGAUGAAGGUAGUUUUAACGAGAAAAGCAAAAAGAUUGACAAAAGAAGUGGAGAAAUGGUACAAUGUGAGUCUUGUACUCGAUGGUUACAUAUCAAUUGUUUACCGAAAAAAGAUCCAUUGCCUGACAAUGAUAUCAAGUGGAUCUUUGGACAUUGUUCUGCAAAUGUCAGGCAACCCAAUGAACACUGUUAUGGUUACCGUUUUAUCAGUUUGUGGUUGGGCGAUGAGUCUCGGGAUCUAACAUCCAGACGUGAAACAAAAGAAAUAUUAUUACCUGAAGGUUUAACUACAAUACUCCAAUGAUUAAUUAAAUUUUCUACAAUUUAUAGUACUUUUUUAGAUAUUAUUAUUCAAAUCUUAUACAUUCAAGAUUAUAUGUAAUCUUAAUAUAUUUAA